UGUUCCGACUGUCAAGCGAGCAACAUGUCCGCCGACGCGCAUCAACACGACGAGCUCCUCGCACUUCUCACCUCGUGGGACCUGGAGAGGCUCUUCGAAACCCUCAAAGCUAAUCGGUUCACACCGAAAGACGUUCUCGCCCUGGUCGAGGAAGACCUCCCGGCCGUGACCAAAUUCAAGGGGGAACAAGACCGUCUUUGGGCGAAGAUUCAAGAGGCUCGAGCCAAGUAUAGCCCUUUAUCAGCCUCGCUCCAGCCUGAGCCAAAGGAGGGUAGCUGUGCUGCUUUAACAGAACUUGUCUCAAGUGAAACAGGCUGCACAGAACCUGGGCCGAGUUCCGGUCAAGCUAGGCGUAAGAGUCAAACGGUUCCUCACAAUGCUGUCGCGAAGAAAAUGCGAUUGUUCGACAGUAGUCGCUACGCAGAGCAACUUGAUGUGGUUGCUGUUCUGAACAGUAGUCGGAAGGGCAAAAAUAUAUUGCUGGCAUAUAAUGAUAAGACAGAGGACAGGCCUUAUCUUAGUGAGAAACAGAGAAAUUCGAUUGUUGAACUUCUUAUUAUUGAUCUUCGUGACAACGUAGACAGAUUCCAGCACAAGUACUUUGAUGAAAUUGCCAAAAAAAUUCAAGAAGUUUUUCCGACUGAAGAUCCAAAAACUUACUAUCGUCCCCCCCAUUCGGAAGGAAAUGACAGCACUGCGCCCCAGGGGAAGUUAUUUGCAAAGCUGAGGAACAUGCCAGCCCAAGAAAGCGACUCAAGGAGUUCAAGUUUGUCCGCUAGAUCUGGGGAGCGGGGUGCUGGUGGUGGUGUCGACAGUAAUUUUGGUACUGUCUGUGCUGAACCUGUUACCGAUGAGGUUCUUGGAGCGAAGACGUGGCUGAAGAAUUCUGAUAAACCUUGGACGGUUGUGCUUCAGAAGUGGAGAACCACGGCACCUAUUCGCUUUCGAGAAUUCCUAGCCGUUGACAGCGACCCAAACUCCGUGAACAUCUAUAUUAACGAGUGGAAAAUUCUGAAACACAAAUCUGGCUAUGAACUGUUGUUAGAAGACUUUAAAUGUCUGUACCCGGAUGUGGCUAGCAAUUUGUUCAUCAAAUGGGAAUUAUUUGUGAGGCGCAACAUUGCGAUAGGCAAGAAAGAUGUAAGCAAAAGUGAUGUAAAAGGCAAUCAAAUUUUACAAGAACUUGCAAAUGAGGCACUGUCACCAAAUAGCCAAGCAGUUCUCUUGUUAGCACUUUUGCCAAGUAUAAGGGCCAACCAGAGAGUCAAAGUUAAUGGAAGUCAAGUAAAAGUGUCCGAAUCAGAAUGCCGUGAUAGUUACCUACUGCACGUCAAGAACGCUAACGACUUGCCUUUGGCUAUCCGCAAUAGGCGGGAAGAAUUUUCCCAAAGUGUCAAGCCAGGUGGGCAGCCACUGAUCUGUGCCAUUGGCCCAUCGCUGGCAGAUGUGCGUUCAGUGCACGUGAAUGUUGCGAAUUUGGAUUGGGUGGCAACUUCUGCUCUCUGUGCCAUAGACAUAUGCUUCAAAUCAUUCUUUGCUCUCAGCAUUCCUUACCCAAAAGAAAGUGAGCAUGUUUGGAGCACCAUCCAGCGGGCUGUGUACGACAUCAAGACACCUAGUGACAAGGACAUGAACUUCUGUCAUAGCUGGAUUAAAGCCCUCAAGUAA